CGGAAUCUUACAUGGCAAUUUUAGAGAGCAUGAUUGAUAUAAAAUUGUAUAAUAGAUAGCCUUUGGGUAACCCAAAUCAUCUCUGAUUAAGAGUAUUUGGCAUCAUGGUUAGAAAAGAAGAAUUAUGUGACUGGUUCCGAAACCUCCAUCCGUGUAAACGAGUGGAUUACAUGUGUGGAUUGCUGCAUAUAUGCCUCCCUCUUGAACUACGGUUUAUCGGAUCAGUGCUAGAGGACUUGGCAAAGAAAGAUUUCCAUUACCUUCGCGAUGCCGAAAUUAAAGCAAAUCAACUAGGAGAAUUCACCAACUUAAAUUCCAUGUUGUUGACGGACGAAAAAUUACGGACUAAAAUUAUAAUAGCUUUAGCACUUUUAAAUUCGUCUAACUCGUCAUGUGCAGAGAAUAUUUUUGAAAUUUUGGAAAGACAGAUUGACAACUUGUUAACUUAUGUUCAUAGCCACCAUUCUAAACAAUUAACUGAUGAAGUACAUUUGAUGUUGACGAUGGCAAUACAUCACCCAGCCUUUAAAGCAUAUCAGAAAACUAUACUUGACGAUAAGUUAAAAGUAUUGGAAAAACAAAAUCCUGACUUUUUUUGGGUUAGUAUGACAGCUGUCGGCAUUGAAAACUGAACAUUAUUGGCAACAUUUGCUUAAAAAUUUAUUUUUUAGGGGUGUAUUAUGGUUAACAUUGUGUGUGUAUUUUGAUACAUACAUUGUACAUUAAUAAUGGGGUAUAGCUGCCUACGUAGUAUUAACUUCUAGGCAGUGUCUACACGUCCGGCGCGCCGGACGUCUAUCUCCCGCACUAUGUGUCCGGCGACCAAGUCACAUGACCGCCGUAACAAAGUGGCGAGAGAUAUCGUGUCGGUCAGCCUUGUCACGUGACUGCGAAUAAUUCAAAACUAUUGUUAAUUUUAAAAUCUAUUUCUCUACCAAGUAAUGUACUGAGUAUCUUGAAUGCAAAUAAUAGAAAAAGAAACUUAAGUGAAAGUGGCUUGUAAACAUUUUUGUUUAGUUUGUUAUUUUUUGUGUACCAGUAAUCCAUAAAAUAAAUUAGGGGCCAGUGUGGCAACCAAUAAAAGUUAAAGAUUUCAUUUUAAAUUAUUUCAAUUGCUACAAAAUAUUUAAAAACUUCUCAUGAAACUACUGUUGCUGAGGAACAUGAUAAUAUAAAUAUAUACAAAAUAUUUUAAUUAAAAUGGGAAGAAAAAAAACGACCCUAUCCCCGGUAUAGAUCCUCAAACAUUCCUAUCGUCAAGCAACCACUCUACCACAAGACCAGACAAGAUGUACUAAAUCGUACUUCGUUUGGAAUUAUAAAAACUACUAGCCGUCCGGCCAUGUCCGGCGGUCACGUGACAAGUCGCCGGACGUGUAUCUUGCGCACUACACGUCCGGCGCGCCGGACGUGUAGACACUUCGUAACUUCUAUUACUAUAUUUCCAAUCCUGCCUGCCUAAUGCACAAAAUAACUGAAACUGAAAGUUAGGGCCCAAGCCACCUAAUUAGUAUUAAUAUUAGGCUUACAAGACAUAAUUUAAAAAGUUGAAACCAGGACCUCUUAGUAUAUAACACCAGUGGCCUCUCCAGGGUGGUACUUUUGUUUAUGAAUUUUUUUUUUUUACCAAGGUUCAAGAUAAGAUUGGGGUCGCAAUUUUGGGCAGCAUUUAGUCAAGGCACACCAAAAAAAAACAAUGAGUUUCAUUGCCAGGCAAGGUCUUAAAAGCCACGUCUUGUGUGUUGGCAGCGUUGGGUAUUUGGGGAAAGACUAUUCAUAUUUCUCACUGAAACUUGCAUCAACUUACCGUACUUAUUUAAUAAAGUUCUUUAUUUUUGGUUUUUGCUUGUUAGUCGAAAUCUCUUAGACUAAGACUAAGUAAUUUGGAAUUUAUCAUAAUCAAUUGAAGAAUACAGUCUUAAAAUUAUAGAAUUGUAUUCUCGCUUUUCAUAGGAUGGGGUUCAUAUGCUUCAGACAUCAGGCACAUUUAGCUCAAGCCCAUAUAUUCCAAGAGGCCCCAAAUUUACAAUGGACACAUCGAUAUUCAUCAAGAUUAAUAACAAAAUAUGUUGUCAUACAUACUUAAAACGAAGUGUCUACAUGUCUACCCUCACUAUUAUUGUUUUAGCAUCAUAUUUUUUAUUACCGUAAUUAUCUCUUCCUCUCAGCAUUGCUUCCUUCUAGAAUGCAUUAUUGCUUAACUCCCACUUUGUUUUGGUAAUAUACCCAAGUAUUUAGUUCUAUUAUUUGUUUGCAAGAUACUCAGUACAUUACUUGGUAGAGAAAUAGAUUUUAAAAUUAGCAAUAGUUUUGAAUCAUUUGCGGUCACAUGACAAGGCUGAUGGACAAAUAUCUCGCGUCACUUGUUAUGGCGGUCAUGUGACUUGAUCUCCGGACGAAUAUCUCGAUAAAGUAUUCUUCUGGCGAUCAUGUGACUUGGUCGCUGGACAAAUAGUGCACGAGAUAUACGGGAAAUAUAUAUAGACACUGCCUACUUAAAACUGUACACAUGUCAUUUUAGGGUAGUUAUAAAUAAUUAUAGCAUUUUAUACCAACUCACUUUUCAAUAUUGCCAAUGUGUUUGAGACGCUCAAAAGCAGAACAAAUAAAUUAACUUUUACUUAAAGAUAGAACCUAGUCCUAAGUUAAAUUUCACUAAUCUAGUUCUUCAUUUUAAAAAUAUGAGCAAUGAAAACAUAUUGAUCUAUCCAAGAUUUGUAAAUACAGUACAAUUUCAAAAAUAAAAGUGUGAUAGAAGUAAAAGUGAAAAUAAUACCAUAAAUAUUUAUGAUCUUAAUAAGAAAUAUUAAAAAGACUUCCAACAAUAAAUUAUUAUCAUGUCAUUUGGGGAUACUCUGCCAGCAUAGCUAAAAAAAAAAGCUUUUUGUUGUUGUUAAAGGGGCAAUUAUGACAGCCAAUGACCAAAGAUUCUAUAACUGGGUACAUACUGUGACAUACAAAUAAGUAGGGUCUCUUUUGUCGUCCUCAUACACACCAGUACAUAAAAACUCCUAAUCUGAUCACUUAGCCCCCCUAUCCUCCCACUCCCCCAUCCCUGAUGCAUAGAUAAUUUAUAUAUGUGCCUUAACUAGAGUAGCACCGAAAAGAAAAUGUGCACAUAAUAGAUUCACAGGGCUCACUUAGCUAAAUUGGCUGCCAAUUAUUUGUUGUUUCUUAAAUGUAGAAAAAUGGCAAUACAGUUGAUCUGCUAAUUAAUUAAUUGGUGUAAACCUACCAUCAACUGCAGCUUAUUUUAUGUACCUUUUUAGACAUUCACAUCAUGAAAUUUGUCAUAUUCAAUAAUUCAUUGCAAAUUUAAAUUAUUUUUAACACUGCCAACUCUUAUUUUUUACACAGCAAUUGUAAAUUUAGGUUACUUUGCUGGAAAUGUUGAAACUCUCAUGAUAAAAGCUUUAUUUGUGUUAUUACUGAUUAAGCCCAGAGUAGUAUUAUUAGCUACUGGUAUUAUUAAAUUUCAUGAAUAUAUUGAAGCUGAAAAUACAGUAUAUCUAUUAAUUCCAAUAAUAUGUAUUGGUGUUUAAAAUUUAGGCUGAGAAAAAAUUAAAUUGCCAAGCCAAAUGCAAUUUUUAAAAAAAGUUGUAUUAUAAUUAUCACAAUAGAAAAUUAUUUUAGUUGACAUUUUGUCAGUCUUCAUCAAAACCUUUGCAUGAUUUAACAUUAGAUGUGGAUACUAAUUAAAAAAAAAUAAUGUCUACAGUAUGAGAACGAAGCUGAUCUGAAUCUGCCUUCUAGACCUCUUGACUCUGAAAUAAGCCAUAAUGUAUUUCCAACAGACAACCAAACACUCAUAUGUGACAAGCCAGAAAAAGGUAUUAAUACAAUUUUUAUUACUGACAUGUAUAAUCAGGCUAUCCUUCUCUAUACUUAACUCUUCUCUAUAUUUUGUGAAAUAUACUGUAUAUACUUGCGUAUAGGUCACACCAGUGGAUAAGUUUGCACCCUUGGUUUGGGGGAGUUACACGGCCCUUUUUUAAUGUAAAUAUAACUAAUUUUUUUUACAAAAGUAAAAUAAAAUUCUCAACAACAACUUGAAAACUGAAAAGCAAUAGUCAAAAACUAAAUAAUCUUUAAUAAACAAUAACAGCUGAUUGCCCUCUGCUCGAACAUAAGCGAGAGCAAAUGAUUCUGCAACUUUUCGUAUAAAUGUCUGUUCCACACUGAAUAACAGUAAGUGAAAUUGUGAUUGGUUGUAAUGGCAUGGUAUUUCCUUUUAGAGUGCAGAGCUGCUCUGUUUAGACAAAAACUUGGAUACCAGUAAUCUCUUGAAAAUAUUUUUUUCGUGGUAAAUCGCAUAGUAAAUUUGAGCAGUAUAACAAAAAGUAAAAAAGUGUAACCUUUGCACGAGUAUUUACGGUAGGUACAUUUAUUUCAUUGACACCAUUAGUCAAGGCUGAAUUAACCAAGUCUGUUUAGUUAUUAGCCUAAUAAUGCUUCUUAAUAUAUACCAUUUAAAUUCUAAUAUAAAGUUAAUUGAAAGAAUAUAUUUCUGAUAAUUCUCUCUUUAUUUUUAUACUUAUAUUUAUUUUUUUCCACAGUAUCAAUUGUAUCUAUAGAAAUUUUAGGUAAUAAAGAUGUUCCUCAUAGCAAAAAAAAUGAAAUUAGUGUGAAGGAGUACCAUAUACAAGUAAGUGUGAUUUAUAAUGCCUUAAUAUUAUUAUAUAUUAAUCACGCAUUUAGAAAGAAACUAAAUAUUAUUCUUUUUAUAACAAUAUAAAAUUUGUCACUGUCAAAUUAAAAAAUACUCUAACUUUGAAUGGAAUAUUUUUGUUUAAAAUUUUUAUUUUAAAAAAAUCUUAUAUUACAGUCAAAAUGGUCUAAUGGUGAGAUUAGAGAAGUUUAUAUGAAGCCCAAAGCACUACAUGAUCUGCAUUUGCAAGUAAGGACCUUAUAAGCUAUGAAAAUUUAAAAUCACAUAGUAAAAUACUUCUUCAUCAUGGGGAAAUGCCAACAUUAAAAAAAACAAAAACAACCUAUAAUAAUUUACACAUACAAAGCAAUUUUCUUCAAAUUAUCAGAUUUAACUUUUUUUUUUAUAAUAUUAAAAAUUUGAGAAUUCUUAUACAGUUAAUUUAAAAAAAAAAAAAAAACUUUUAAAGAGAAUUAAAGAUUCCUUCCCAUUAAAAUAAAAAUUUGAGAAAUCUUAUACAGUUAAUUUAAAAAAAAAAAAAAACUUUUAAAGAGAAUUAAAGAUUCCUUCCCAUUAAGAAGUCUUGCAUUCAAAUUUUAUAGAAUAACAAAUCAUUUAUGGUACCUCAAAUGUGUCUGCUAGUUUUGUUUGUUUAGUUUAUUAUUGAUGGUUGAUGUGUUGACAGCAUUAAUUAUAGCAUGUUGCCAAUACAAUUCGCUCCUCCACAAACACCUUUUAAAACUAACAGGCAAAGCCUUUUCCUCAGGGGAAUUUGUUUUGUUAUCAAAAUAGAUAUCCAUGAGCUUCUCUGCUCUUUCUGUUAGGUGUGAAAAAAACUAUAAAACCUGUUCAUAAUUUGAGAGAUGCCUGUAAUUUUGUUUUAAUUGUCUGAGAUAAGAAAACAAAAAAUAUUCCUUUAUUUUCCUAAAUUAUUUAAUUCCAUAUUCAUUAAAUCAAGUCUGUGGAACAAAAAAACAAAACACUUUGAAUAUAAUAUGAAUAAUAGUAAUAUUUUUAAGGUUGUUUUUAUAUGAAACUCUAAUAUUUUAAACAUCUGGCUUUUUAUCCUUCAUUAAUUGUAGUGAUACAUCUAUUAUAUUAGACUUGAAAUUAGGAUUACACCAAAAGAAACUAAAGUAAUACCUCGAACAAUGCGAGGUUAGGGUCUAGAACCCGGCACAGAUCAGGAGGAAUCGCAAUUUUUUGUUAUCAAAUGUACAAAAGUAACAAGAAAGACACAUUUAUAUCCAUGGCUAAUAUUAAUUGAAAUUAACUGGUCAAUAAUUUCUUUUCAGUUACUUAAUCAGUUGCCAGAAGAAAAGAAAAAACGCAAGUUAUUACCAUACUACCCUGGAAAAGGUUUGUAAAAUUAUUUGGUUUAUUUAAAUCUUAAAAAUAAAUGAAACAUAUCAGAAUAAUUUGAGAUAGUGAUAAACUUAAGAAGAGGUGAAAAAAAAAAAACCCUCCCCCACACAAAAAAAACCAAACCCACCAGAAUGUUGUAAAAAGAAAAAACGCAAGUUAUUACCAUACUACCCUGGAAAAGGUUUGUAAAAUUAUUUGGUUUAUUUAAAACUUAAAAAUAAAUGAAACAUAUCAGAAUAAUUUGAGAUAGUGAUAAACUUAAGAAGAGGUGAAAAAAAAAAAACCCUCCCCCACACAAAAAAAACCAAACCCACCAGAAUGUUGUACUCAAGUUAAGUAAUAAUGAUUGAUUGUUGUCACAAAAUCAAAUUAAAUCCGAUAUGAUAAAUAUGCUUAUAUAUAAAUAUAUGUAAUCUUUAAUAUGUAAGUAUCAUAUUCUAAAUGAGAAAUACUUUUAAUGUGAUAAUUACAGAAUUAUUCUAAGUAUUUAUAAAAUAUUUUUAUACAAUUCUUGAUAGCGAAAUCACGAAAUUGUUGUAUUUUCCCUAAGUGCCUAGUAAAAAGAGAUUGGCCCAAUACUAUCAUCUGUGUAUAACUAUUAUUAAUUUUAAAGCAAAUUUAAUUUUAAAAAUAUAAUAGUUAUAGCUCAAUUUGACAUUUUAUUUUGAAUAAUAGGCAUUCUAUUAUAACUAAACUUUAAUUAAAAAUGUAUUUCGCCCCAUUAUUAUAGCGUUUUAGUAAGCACUUCCAUAACGACUGGAAAGUCUGAAAAUAGCUUUUAUUAAAGCUUUAAAAAAUAUUUGGGUGUUGGCGCAUUUGAUUAGAUAGUAACAUCUCACUGUCAAAUAGGCUACACACAAAUUGGUAUAUAGAUAUUAUCUCUCAAAACUCAAUGAAGAUGGAAAGGGGAAAAUGUGGAUUCAAAUUCUUGGAAACUAAGGAUAUGAUAAUUUUUCCAUAUAUAUAAUUCUGGGGCGAGAAUAAGGGGUUCCCACAUAUUUAUGAGUAUAACAAUAUGUUUAAAAUAAAAAUAUGUUGUAAACAUUCUGUGAAAAUACAUCUAAAAUCUAAAAGAAUGAGAAAAUGGACAUUUUUAUGUUAACAAUAUCUAAGAACCCAAUAAUUUUAAAUAUGUAAAUAUUAAAUCUAUAAAAAUAUAUACAUCUUUUAUCAUUCCCGAAAUUACAGUUUAGGGGUGUGAACAAAUAGUGGUUAAGAUUUCUUUACAUAUACAGAAAUAUUAUUUUUUCUGUUUUGCACAAAAUACAGUCGAGGGGCAUGAAAUUUUUUUAAUAUAUUGAGAAUAGUUCUUUAAAAGCACAACUGUUACAGACGUGAAAAUUGGUUAAGAGAUUCUUUUUAUAUAAAUAUAAGUAUUCUGUAUUUUAUUAUUUUUCGAUAGUAUAGUUCAGGAGUGAAGAAGAGGUUGGAUAAAUUUUUAAUGAAGAUACCGGUACCAAUAUUUCAAAAUCUGUUAAUGUUACAGACAUUUAAAAAUGGUACAAAGGUUUAUUUUUUUAACUUUCAGGACAUGUUUUUACAAUGUAUAGAAAAUAUGUUUUCAUUUAUAUCAGGGGUAUUAAAAGGGGAUGUGUAGGCCUAUAUAAUAGAAGGACAUUAUUAUAUAUUCAUAAAUAUACAACUCUGGGGCAUUGCAAAUUGUCAUAUUUAUUUGAGGAUUAAAUAUAUCAAAACCCCAUUCAGUUAUAUUUAAGUUAAAACAUAAUUUUUAGAAGAGACUUUGUAAUAGCAGGGAGAAGUAGCACUAUUUGCCUUCCAAGAUUAUCUCGGUAUCACCUGGUAUUAUCUUGUAGUGUUUAAAUAAAUCUAUUUGAAUAAUAAAACUCCUUUUCUUUUCAUCAAAUAAUUUAGUUUACUGGCCUGUGCAGAAAACCCUAGAUCAAUUUUGUUCUUUCAAUUUUGUGUUCAGUUUUUAUUCUUUGUAAAAGUCAUAAAUCUGCAAUUUUGUCUAUGAGGUCAAAUAAAAUAGCAAAGAUAAAUGGACAUUCAUUUAUAGAUGAGUAUCAGUCUUGCAAACAUAAAAACUUAAAUAUGAACCAAUGUAAAUAUUAAUAAGUAAAUAUGAUAUUAAAAGUCCAUUUAAUGAGGGGAAAAUAAUUAUUAUAUUAUUGAAAGUUAAUAAACCAACUUAAAAGAAAACUUUAAGCAUAAGAAAUGAGUUGUAAAAUUAUCUUUUCAAUAAAUAUGAAAUUAUAGAUCUCAAAACACUUAUCUUAUUUUCAAAUUUUGCUUAAUUUGUUAAUUUUGUUAUAUUUAGCAAACAAAGAUGAGUCACCAGAAAAACAGAUGCAAACAGCAAAUGAAUAUCUCAGGUAAAUGAUGAAUGAAAAAAUAUCUGAAUCUGUGUACAUAUGCCUGGUCAUAUUUACAUAGUGUAUUACGAUAGUCCAAAAGUUUAUAUUUAUUUUAAACUUUUAUUAAAACUCCAGAGUUUCUCAUAUCAAACUACUAUGUGUGUUUUGUGCAAAAUAUCUUCAGGAACUAUCAGACUUUGAAUUUUCUUUUGGCAAGUACCCACAUUUUAUAAACUCUUUUCAACAGAAAAAUGGCAAAGGUCUUAAGCCAGAUCCCUGAUUGUGAAGUAUUUACAGAACCAUUUAGACGUGGAACACUAGUCAACCAGCCCUCUAGUAUAGCAAGCACUUCAUCCAAUGUGCCACAGCAGCAUAAGCCUUUUAUAUACCAAACAAGUCCACCAUGUGGAGGUUAGUCUUUUAUUUAUGUUAAAUUUAUAUAUUUUCAGUUGAAAUAAUUAAUUUAAAUCUGCCUCUUAUUUCAUUAUAUAUGUGCAAUCUAAAAAAAAUAUUAUUUUUCUUUUUACAGAUCAUCCUACUCAAUUAUAUGAUCACAAUCACAGACAGAAUCCACUCAGGUAAAAUUUAAGAAAUACACCCAGCAUCAUCUGGACUUUUCCCCCUCAUUUUCCCCCUUUUCCCACACUGUCUGAAGAAAUAUACUGCCUGUUUGUUAUUUAGGUUGCUUAUAUAUAUUUUCAAACUAUAUAAUAAAAAACAUGCUUUGAGCUAUGUCCAUUUCUAAUACCAGUGCUGAUACCUGACCUUAUGCAAGAAGAAAAAGAUUUUUUUAAGCAUUCAAGUAAAACACAUUUUAUUUAGUUAUUAUGUCUUUAAAUAAGUUUAGAUAAAUUGCUUACACACAUUGUAAUCCAUUAUUCAUUUAAUUAAAACUCUUUCUGUCCAGAAUGUUCAACAACUUCCCACCUACGCAAAGCUCACCAGGUCCAUCACAGCUGUCCUCUACGACUAACUCACCUUCCAACUCGAGGAC